AUGGCGACCGAGUCGUCACUCAGCUCCAACAUCUUUGCGACGACCUCAGCGGCAGCAAUAGCCCUACUCGUACUCUUGCUGAUCAGAUACUACCUCCCGCUGCGAAGCACUCCUGCAUACCUCCUCCUGCCCGUAUUCUUGGCCUUAUUCCUGCCGGCGAGUAUCAUCAUACUAGUCCCUGUUGAUCUGGCAUCCGUGGAAAGGAAUAGCGAUGAGCACGCCCAAGGCUUCUGGCUGCCAGAAAGAGCGCUGUUGGUGACGUGGAGGAUCACAUACUGGUUGACGUUCAUCUUAACUUGGUUCUUACUCCCCUUCCUGGGUGAAUACUGCGAUUCGGGCUAUCGAGAUGCCACGCACCGGUCAAUCUACUCUCUACGAGCCAACUUCCGCUAUCAACUGAUCGUACUGGCGAGCGGCAUCGCUGGACUGGUCUAUUUCAUCUGGGAAAAUGGAUUCCAUGCGGAGAGCAUCAAAGGUCUGGUGAUGGCUUUGGCCUACGCUUGGGGCUUGAUUCUGGGAUUAGGAUUGAUGGGACACGGACUGGUUGCUUUGCCUCGCCGCUUGUUCAAGAACGCCAAAGUUAGCAAUCGUCUGCGCUGGCUGCACUCGCAAGCGCCGAGAGUUAAGGACAAGCUUGACGACGCUUUAGACAAGUUAGAGCAGUUGGAACACACAGUUCUCCAGCUCAAGAGGCAUAAAGGAGGAGCCAGUCGAGAGCAGCAGUCAUGGAUCGAUGAGCUUGCGGAAACGUCUAGUCUCCCCGACACGAGACCUGGCAUGGCCGCUGCUAUACAAGCCACAAGUCCAAGCAUACCUGCUGUCGUGACCGAUCGUUAUCUGGCAGAUCUCACGCGUAAAUUGAAGAGGGCACGACACCGCAAGGCAAGGUUUGUCGACGAGUGGGACCAGCUGGUGGAAAGAGCGUGGAAGCUGCAGACCAUUCUCGAUGCAGCGACCUCGAAGAAGCUGGACUUUGGCCGCAGCUCCGGAAGCACCUUGCUCGUAAACCGUCUGACAUUUCUCACCCCAUCAAUGCGGUUCUAUCUCCACAUGAACAUUAUCCCGGCUACCCGCAUUGCCGUUUCGGCAGUCCUUGGGAUCAUGUCCGUCUUCGUCGUAUGGAGCGAACUGGUCAAGGCAUUUGCGCCGUCGCUUUCCAUCAUCGGAAUCACCGUGGUCCAUGCUGGCAAAGUCAAUUUUGGUGGUCAGAUUAUUGCUGCCGUAUGGCUCCUGUACAUGGACACUGCGGCGCUGUACGCAAUAGCAGACGUCAAAGUAUGGGGCAAUCGUGCUCUGGUCAAGCGCCAGACCUAUGCCGAGAGUGCCUGUUGGUACUCACUGCAGGUGGCCAAGCUUACAGUGCCGCUGUCUUACAACUUCAUCACAAUGAUGCCCGACGAAGUCUUCAAAGACACAAUGUUCUUCCAGUUCCUUGGGAAGCUCAUUCAACUGACACCGCUGGGCCAAGGCUUUAGCGCAUUCUUCCCGUGCUUCUUGCUCCUACCCGUUCUGGCUACACUGUUCAACUUGUAUGGUAAGACGAAGAAUGUGUUUGGCUUUGGAGUGCUCGAAGAUGAGAGCGACGAAAAUCCUUCCGGCUUCGGCACAGGCGGCUGGAGGGAGGGAAAGGCUCUCGUCGACCGGGAAUUGCAAUCCCGCGGAACCGAUGGGACUCUAAGCCUCGAUGAUCGUGACUCUUCUCUUGACCUCGAACGUGGGCCUGAUAGCAGACUUCUACCAGGUCGAAGUUUUGGACCGCCACGAGAAGACCGAGGACGACAGCCUGCGUUUCGAGACGAUGGUGUCCGGGAAGCCAACAGACACUUCAAUGCCAUCACCAAUCAAGAAGAUCCCGAGGAUGACAGCCCUAGGCACUUCUACCAAGAUAUUGGUGAACGCGUGAAGAACACUUUUGACACGGCAGGUGCACCCCAUUGGAUGAAGAAUAUUGGAAGCGCAUUCAAGGGUCCCAAGUGGAUGCAGAACGAUCAGCGGGACGAUAGCGGAGGGUCUGCAAUAUCGAGAUGGUUUGGAGGCAGACCCGAAGAUGGCAGACUUAGAUUAUAG